UUAUCGCAAACCUGGGGAAAGAGGAGAUGAGCGGAGGCCUGGCACAUCAUAGGUAGGUACAUGCAUUCACCUUGUCGAAGAGCUCUUACCACCAUCACCAUCAGGGUAGAGAAGCAGCACCACCUUUUGAAAAGGGCAGUCACCGGCAACUAGGAUACUUUUCUUCCGGGACGGGGACAGCGGCAGUAACAAUGGAGGGGCACCGGAAGAAGCGGCGAAAAGUGGGGUUAGGUGAUGAUGAAGAAGCCACAGGCGAUACUGUAAGAUCAAAUGGCAUGGACACGGUCGAUGUGCAGAAGCUGGAAAGGGCAGCACCCAAGGUAACUGGGCCGCAGGGAGGCAUUAGCUCCAACUGGAUGAAGAUGAAAGCGGAGAUUGCCAGCUCCGGUCGGCAGAAACGAGGUUCCCACCCCCGUGCCACCAGUCUUCAAGCUGCCGCCAAGGUGGUGCAACAAGUCGCAGAAGAUGAGAAGGUGGGAAGUCCGCAGCCCCUAGGAAAAGACAUGGGGCCGACGAAGGUGGUCGCCAUGGAUUGCGAAAUGGUCGGCGUGGGAGAUGACGGGGUGCGGAGCAUCUUGGCAAGGGUGUGCCUGGUGAAUGCCCAUGGAAACGUGUUGUACGACAAGCACGUGCAGCCGCUCGAGCGUGUCACAGAUUACCGGACACACGUCAGCGGGGUGCGGGCCAAGGACCUCAAGAAGACUGCCGAGGAGUUCUUCCAGGUUCAGAAGGAGGUCGCUGCGCUUCUCAAGGAUCGAAUCGUCGUCGGCCACGCGUUGCAGAAUGACAUGCAGGCCCUCCUUCUUAGCCACCCGAAGCGGUUCAUACGAGACACCUCAAAAUACGCGCCUCUAAGGAAGCACGGCCGGCCGCGCGCGCUUCGCCACCUAGCAGAGGAGAUCCUGGGAUUGCGUAUCCAGGCCGGCGAGCAUUCUCCGGUCGACGAUGCUCGAGCUGCACUCUACAUCUAUCUGAAAUUCAAAAAGGACUGGGAGCAGAGUCUUCUGCCCAAGAAGCAGAAAAGGAUACAAGCUCCAGAAAAGACUCCUGCCAAAUCCGAAAAAAGAUAGUAAAGAUGACGUAUGGUUCACUUGCAGCACACAUUGCAGUAGCCUGCGUUGUGCAGCUGGCAAAGCGGUCUACGACCGUUUUGCACAUGCUUGAAUUUCGUCGCCGAUGCAUGCUGG